CGCCUUUGUGGAGAUCGAAAAAGUCAUCACGACACUAUCGAACAGAACACCACAAGAGGGCGCCCACAAUGAGGCCCACCCAUCUGCUGACCACAUUGGCCACGGCCACUCUGGUCGCUGUCUCCUCUGUCACGGCCCACCCAUGCAGCCACGGCCAUCGAGGAAAUCACUCAGGGAUCGAGGGCUUUGACGAGGCCUACCACUACGCCCGCACCGUGUCCUCCUUUGACUUUGACGACGGCGACGGGCGCGGCCGUGCGGGCCAGCCAGCCUGGCGAGACCCGCGCUCCCACGGCGGGUCCAUGCUCGACCUCGUCGGCAAUGGCCUGCGCGAGCCGAUCAACGUCAUCAUCUCUGGCCACUCGGAUGCGCGCGUGCUGUCGGAUGCCGGGCUCAGAGACUACGUCCGGACGAUUGGUUUCUCGUUUGAGUGCCUCGACCUGCACCUCGGCGGCCUCCAGCGGGCGGACCUCGGCGACGGAAACGGCUGGGGCACCGAGCUAUUUGAGUACAGGCAGACGGAGAGCUGGGGCGCACCCGGCCGGUGGGUCGGCGCCUGCUGGGAGAGCCUGUACGGCGGCAACCACUUUCGGGUGUGGAAGCAGAAUGGCACCCUCGCCGACACUGGCGCUUGGUUCCUUGCAGUCAGCAAAGAGAAGGACUUGAGGCAUCACCACACAAUCGACAAGAAUGGGUACAACAAUGGACGAGACCUUCUUGUACAAGCGGCUGAAGAGGGCGGCCGAUGGAAGAUCUGGAAGUGGAAGGCAAAGACGCACUGGGUCGAUUCCCUGCUGGAUGCCGGCAGGGAGGGCAUCAACCACGACAUUGCUCAGGAUGGACGGGUGGCGGUCCUGACCGUCGACAGCGUCAUCGAUAUCCCACUCUUGCCAGACAUCUGGAUCACCACUCGGCGCCGCCAAAUGCUCGCCAGCCCGUUCGUCUUCGUCAAGCAGACGUUCGUGCAGAGCUACCAAAUCAUUCUUACGAGGUUCUUUUGACGAAAUUGUUCAUGACGAUGUACGCAAAUGAGAUUAUCU